GGGUUCGGACCGGGUCAUUUCUCGAGGUGUUCGGACGAGUUCCGGGUCUGUGUUGGACUGUGUGCGGCUUCCCGAACCGGACCUUAAAGCUCAACAAAGUUCCUUCUUCUGAUCUGUGGGUUCUGGACCAGAACCAGGUCCGACUUGGCUCUCAGUCAGAACCUCUGGCCGUGACUCUUUGUUGCUGGUUCUGGCUCUCAACAGCUUAGAACUCCUGAACCUUCCUUCAUGGGCCUGCAGACCGGGUCCAGAGGUUCUGUGUCGUGGUGCUGCCGGAGAGUCCGAACUGUACUGAAGCUGCCUCUCCAUGUGUGCAGACUCGGUUCUGUUUUGAUGAAGUUCGGUCCAGAUUCUCAGAGUCUGAGUGCUGCAGGUCCAGAUCAGUCCAGGUUCUAGCUCGGGUCCGGGUCUUGGUUCUGAUGGCAGAGCUUCACCAGACUCCAGCCUCUCUGUGCUGCUGCCGGAAGUCCCUGCCGGUCCCCCGGGCCCAAGGUUCCGGGGAAUCGGAGCAUGCCAGUCUGGGCCCGCGUGGAACCGGACCGGCAUGCUCGGGUACCGAUCCGGGCCCGGGUUCCUCGCGCAGACCCCGGGUGGACGUGGCCUCGGCCUCCAACUUCCGGAGCUUCCGGCUACAGCAUUUCCACCUGGACCUGCAGCUGAACUUUGCAGCUAAAGAAAUGAGCGGCUGGCUGGUUCUGGACCUGGUUCCGGUUCAGCUGGGGAUCAGUACUCUGGUUCUGGACUCCCACCCCUCUCUGCUGAUCCACUCUGUAGACUGUAAGAGGCCCCAGGAGGAACCCGUCUCCCUCACGUACCGGGUCGACCCGUUCACGGACUACGGAUCCUCGCUCAGUAUCAGCCUGCCGGACACCGAGCCCGGCAAGAAGAUCCAGAUCAGCGUCCGCUACACCACCACGGACGGGCCGGCGAUAUGGUGGCUGGACUCGGAGCUGACCUGCGGGGGGGCGGGGCCUCUGGUCUUCACGCAGGGACACUCGGUGUGUAACCGCUCGCUCUUCCCCGGUUUCGACACCCCCGCCGUGAAGAGCACCUACACGGCGGCCGUGCGAGUUCCGGACGGGCUGACGGUUCUCAUGAGUGCCUCCCAGAGCUGGUUCUCCCAGCAGGACCGGGUCUUCCACUUCUCCAUGGACUUCCCGGUUCCGUCUUACCUGGUGGCUCUGGUGGCGGGAGAGCUGAAACAUGAGGACGUCGGUCCCAGGAGUCGAGUGUGGGCGGAGCCUUGCCUGCUGCCCUCCGCGGUGCAGCAGCUGGAGGGCAGCCUGGAGCGCUGGCUGGGCGUGGCCGAGGACCUGUUUGGACCGUACCUGUGGGGCAGGUGCGACAUUGUCUUCCUGCCCCCCGCCUUCCCCAUCGUGGCCAUGGAGAACCCCGGCCUCACCUUCAUCAUCGCCUCCAUCCUGGAGAGCAGCGACUUCCUGCUCAUCGACAUCAUCCACGAGAUCGCACACGGCUGGUUCGGGAACGCCGUCACCAACGCCACCUGGGAGGAAAUGUGGCUGAGCGAAGGCCUGGCCACCUACGCCCAGCGCCGCAUCACCACCGAGACCUACGGUGAGGCGUUCACCUGCCUAGAGACGGUGGUUCGUCUGGACGCUCUGCACAGACAGCUGCGUCUGCUCGGAGACAACAACCCUGUGAGCAAACUGCAGGUCAAGUUUGAACCAGGUGUGAACCCCAGCACGCUGAUGAACCUCUUCACCUACGAGAAGGGCUUCUGCUUUGUGUCGUACCUGUCGGAGCUCAGUGGCGACGUCAGGCGCUUCGACCGCUUCCUCAGGGACUACAUCUCAGAGUUCCAGUUUCAGAGCGUGGGCGCUCAGGACCUCAUCGAGUUCUUCCUGCAGUCUUUCCCGGAGCUGCAGGCGUCCGCCAUCGCUCAGAGGGAAGGCAUGGAGUUUGAGCGCUGGCUAAGCGGCUGCGGGCCCCCCCCCUUCGAGCCGGACCUAUCAGCGGGGGGCGCUCUGAUCGGACCCGUCCAGGAUCUGUGUGAUGUGUGGAGACACUGUGACCCCCCCACCCCACAGACCCUCGCUGCCCACAACCUGUCAGGCUGGAGCACCUUUCAGGUGGUUCUGUUCCUGGACCGCAUGCUGGACCACGCGCCGCUGCCCCGCGACGUGAUGGCGAGUUUCUCCAGCUCGUACUCGUCCCUGUUUGCGGUUCUGAACGCGGAGGUCCAGAUCCGCUGGCUGCAGAUGGUGGUGAGGAACUCCUUCUACCCAGAGCUGCCCAGAGUCCGCGCCUUCCUGCACAAACAUACCUCCAGGAUGUACACGGUGCCGCUGUACGAGGACCUGGUUGCCGGCGUGAUGAAGUGCGUCGCCGUGGAGAUCUUCUACCAGACGCAGCAGCGCCUGCACCCCAACCUGCGGCGAACGCUGCAGCAGAUGCUCUUUCAGACCGGCUUGGUUCCAGCCAAUCAAAGCUGCGCCCCCCUGCCUGUAAGCCCCGCCUCUCCCUCCGGUUCCUCACAGCCCGCCAUGCCGGCUGCCACCUCCACUGCUGCCGGCAAAACAGCCGCCAUGGCUCUGCUGGACGUCAAUGUCUCUGCGUGAGUUCACUCGGGGGGGGUCAAGACGGGCUCUCACUGCAGAAACUGGACCCAGAACCGGGUCUUCAGUCCAACACCAGAACCAAGCAUCCAGAACUCUCAGGACUGAAGCUCCUCAGAACUUCUACAGAGGAGAAGCUGCUCCUCCAGCAGCUGCAGAGGGACGCUCUGUGUUCCCAGCUGACAGCGAACGCAUCGCUAGACUGUUCAAUGUGAAGGAAACUCGGCUUCAGUUUAAACACAGUCAAAACAUGUAAACAAGCCGCAGACGUCUCAGCAAAAGCUAAAAAGAAACGUUUGAUCAUUUCUGCUCCAAAGUUGGAUCAAGUGCUGAACGGUUUCUAGAAUUUUACUCUUAUUUUGAAAGAAUGUUCUUCAGCUUCCUGCUGCAGCCGCGUUUACAGGAAGUCUGCACUUGUACUUGAUUCUCUUUGGGAGUUUAUUGCUGCUGUACAGGAAGUUCCCAACUUUACUUUCACAAUAAAAGCAUGAAGUUGUCAGUCAUGUUUGUAAACCUA